UUGGCACUUUGCAUAAGGUAGCUUUGCGUCAAAGAGAGAACAGGACAACAGCUGUCAAGAUGGAUAAUGCCACGUACUCGUGCCCGUCCGAUUAUAUCCCCUUAAACGGAAACAAGCCACAAGAAAACCGGCCGGGUGCCACUGUGGUCAACAUGGGCCCCACCGCUCCCCCACCGAAGGAUUACCUGAUCUGGUCGAUUUGCAACACCCUCUAUGUGAACUUCUGCUGCUUGGGCUUUCUAGCACUCAUCUAUUCAGUGAAGGCCAGAGAUCAGAAGGUGCUUGGUGACUUAAAAGCUGCCCAUAACUAUUCAGACAAGGCCAAGUGGUACAACAUCUUAGCUUCAGGAUGGAACACGUUGAUACCACUGCUGAUCAUUGUGCUCAUUGUCACUGGAAUAGUCCAUCUCGCCAACGCCAAGGGGUCUUACGACUUCUUCGGAGAUGACGGCUAUGACAACUUUGGGAAACUUUUUGGGAAGUAACCCCCCUUCUUCUCCUUCUGCUUCAAGAAGAAUUCCUUCAGUCUUUGUAAUAUGCAGCUUCAUCAGAAAAUUGGAACUAAUCGAGGCACACCAACGGACCCCUUGAGGCCUUUUCACAGACAGGUCCAAAGUAAUGUAAAAGGACUAAUAAAUCACCUCCAGUGUGCCCAUUUCCUGCUGUUGAAGUCGCCAUCAAACAUCUUCAUUCCUUCAGUUUAGUGUGCUGUGCAGUGAUAGACCAGUUUGAUUUUAGUGGAUUACAUAUAUUUAAUAGAUAUGAUACCUCUGUUUGAACUAUGCAUAACUUUUUCAAUUUGUUUAUUAUUAUGUGUAUUUUGUUAAUGGUUAUUUUAUAUUAAUCAGUAUUUAUGCACUGUUCGUCUGUCACAUUAUUUGAAUAAAUAAUUGAACUAU